AUGGAGAAAACAGGAGCAAGGAAGACCAAAUGGGUGCUGAAGUUGAAGUCCAGUGUCACUUGGAAGGCCAUCAGAAAGGCAAUAUCAUCCACCAUGAAGAAGAAGCAGCAGCAGCAGCAGCACUUUCAUCUUACUUCUGCAUCAAGCAUGAAAAUUAAACCCUCUCCUAUUAGGGUUCACGAAGGAGCGGUUAUUAAGCCAAAUCUACGUACAAAGGCAAAGAAAAGUGCCUCUCAUUGCACCAAAUCGCUAGCACAGCUCCUCCGAUUGCCAUACUCAGCUUCGGAUUUCGUCGACCGGGGCAAUCAUAUGACUCCGACGAACUCUCCGAAGGAAAACAUAUCAACAAAAUGGCAUGACAUCCAUGGCUUGUGCAACUGGGAGAAGAAGAAGGAGAAUCUUCUUGACCCGCUCCAGCCUUGGCUUCGACGCGAACUUGUAAAAUAUGGAGAAUUUGCGCAGGCAACUUACGACGCAUUUGACUUCAACCCUUUGUCGGAGUACUGCGGAAGUUGUCGGUACAACCGGCACAAGCUUUUUGAAGAAUUAGGCCUAACAAAAUAUGGUUAUGAGGUGACCAAGUACAUAUACGCCAUGUCGCAUGUAGAUGUCCCUCGUUGGAUUGAGAAGUCAUUUCUGAAUGAAAUGUGGAGCAAAGAUUCAAACUGGAUGGGAUAUGUUUCAGUUAGCAACGACGAAGAAUCAGAAAGGAUCGGAAGAAGAGACAUUGUCAUGGCAUGGCGCGGCACCGUUGCUCCGACCGAGUGGUUCAAUGAUCUUAAAACAAAGCUAGAGCAUAUUGAUGAUGAUGAUCAGAAAGGAAACAUAAAGGUCGCAAAAGGGUUUCUUAGCAUUUAUAGAUCUAAGAGCAAGCUCACAAGGUAUAACAAGUUGAGUGCUUCUGAGCAAGUAAUGGAGGAAGUGAAGAGGCUAGUGAGGUUGUAUAAAGAAAAGGGUGCGCAAGAAAUAAGCUUCACCAUAGCUGGGCAUAGCCUUGGUGGAGCUUUGGCUCUCCUCAAUGCCUAUGAGGCUGCAACUUCAAUCCCUGGCCUUCCCAUUUGUGUCAUCUCUUUUGGUGCACCAAGGGUUGGGAACAUGGCGUUCGAGGACAAACUUGGUGAAAUUGGGGUGAAAAUAUUACGCAUUGUUGUUAAGCAAGAUAUAGUCCCAAAAUUGCCAGGGUUCAUAAUUAGCAAAAUUCUUCAUAAGCUCCAUGUGGAUACUAGAGUAAAUUGGGUUUACAGGCAUGUAGGAACACAGCUUAAGCUUGACAUGUUCAUGUCACCAUAUCUGAAGCAUGAGUCUGAUUUGGUAGGGAGCCACAAUUUGGAGAUAUAUCUCCAUCUUUUAGAUGGAUUUCUUUGUAAACAGUGCAAGUUUAGGUGGAAUGCUAGGAGAGAUGUUGCAUUGGUGAACAAGACAACAGGUAUGCUGAUCAAGGAGUUGAGGAUCCCUCAGUUUUGGUACCAGUUGCCUCACAAGGGACUUGUGCUUAACAAAUAUGGAAGGUGGGUGAAGCCUUGCAGAGAACCUGAAGAUGUUCCUUUUCCAUUUUGUGAAGCAUCUUAG